AUGAAAAGCGGUGGAUCCCCUCAACCGCCGGCCUAUGACACCCAGCAAGAGACCAGUGAGUUCAUGGUUCUCCCCCCACAAGCACAGUCCACGGUGGUGAAUAUCCAGUCCUCUGAAAAGCCCCAAAGAGAUUACCUGGUGUGGUCCAUUUUCAAUCUUAUCCACUUCAAUUUCUGCUGCUUGGGAUUGCUCGCCCUUGUGUUUUCAGUCAAGUCACGGGACCGCAAGCAGCUCCGAGACACAAGUGGAGCCAAGCAUUAUGCCUCAACAUCCCGAUCUCUCAACAUCGCCACCACUGUCCUCAGCAUCCUCACUUUCACCAUCGUCUUCAUUCUUUUUUUUAUGGGAAUAGUGGGACAAGGCCAUUAGGCACCGGCCCAUUCGUUCUCUGAUACAGAUGGGUUACAUGAGAGAAGGUGAAGCAUGACGAUCGUCAUGGGAUUGGCCUCAUUUUAAACCUUGUAUAAUUUUACUAUAAGCAGAGUUAUUCUUUACCAUUUCUUACGGUCUCUAUUCUUGCUCUUCUCAGGCAGCAGGUUCCCACCAUUAUGAUUGUUUUAGUUCUGCUUAUUGCACCCCUCACACCAUAUCCCACCUACUUUACUAUUGCAGAGACCAUGUUAUUUCUUUUAUAUGAAUAUUUUAUUGGCAGCUAUGUAAUUACAUUUAAACUGUUUUUUUAUAGCUUCCCCUUAUCAUGCCAAAGAUAUAACCUCACCCAUGAGCUGCACCAUUUAAUGUAGGUUAGUCUGCUGUUAAUGGUGUGUGUUUAUUUUGCUGUUUCCUUGUUGGAAGAGAUGUGCCAUGUUAUCAAUAAAGUACAUUGUUUCUGA